AACGAGGCAAUAAACAACAUGGCUGUCUGACCAGAGUUAGGAAUUUAAAAUAUUGAUUUUCUUAUGAAGAAGAAUGUCGAGGAGUGUAGCGUGGCGUCGCACGUGCAAUGACUUGGUGUUCUGGCGACAAUGUCAGGCACUGGACUCUACGAUCUACAUCCUCCGCGAGACCGGGCCAACGGGCUUCCUACUGAAAGAGGAAGGAGAGGCCAAGCCCGUCAAAGUGUUUUUAGGGGAUCCUCAUUCCUGUACUUGUUCAAACUUUAUGAAGGAUAGAGACCUUUGUAAACACAUUUGUUGGCUGAUUCUGAAAAAGUUCAAAGUUCCACAGGAUAAUCCAGUCACAUGGCAACUUGGUCUAGUGGAGAGAGAAAUCAACGAAAUUCUGUUUGGCACCAGACAGCGUAAACCUCAGAGAAGGUGGGCAACAUCUGCUCCACCGGAUAAAACUGGGCAACUUUCCGAUGGGAGGCCCACAAUUCAACAGAGAGAAAUCAAGGAAGAAGACUGCUGUCCAAUUUGCCAGGACGAGCUUCUGCAGAAACACCAGCCUGUGACAUUCUGCAAAUUUAGUUGCGGGAACAGCAUCCACAUUAAAUGUAUGAAGAUCUGGGCAGACCACCAGAAAUCUUCUGGGGAGAAGACAAUUAAAUGUCCCUUCUGUCGAGAGGACUUUGGCCCAUUUGAACUCCUGAAACAGGAGAGUCGCAAUGCCAUGGGGGUCCCCACAGGAGGUAGAAUGGAUCGUCACCUUUACACAAGGUGUCAAAGCUGUCACGCUUCACCGAUUGAAGGGAAAUGCUACAGGUGCACAGCAUGUACAGAUUUCCACUUGUGUCAGACAUGUUUCAACACUUCCAUUCACACAAGCCACCCUUUUGAAUACAGACAUAAGAGAAAUCAGAGAUGGCGGCCUGCUCAGAGAACGUAUGGAGCAGUUCUACCGGAGGCUGUGGCUAAUGACCUGUUAAACAGGGAAUUCACUGAGGGGGACUAUGAGCUACUGACACAGCUGGACAGCAAUGCCAACCAGCAGCCCAGUGACAUACCAGAGGACGUAAUCCACAAGUUUCCUCUGGAGAAAGUCCGAGAGCGGGGACCAUUACUGGCACCGGGCUUGCAGUGCCGAAUUUGUCUCCGGGGUUAUGAGGUCAACCAGUAUGUCAGAAAGUUACCACGAUGCAAACACAAGUUUCACAAGGAAUGUAUAGAUAACUGGCUCCUUCACUCCCACCCCACAUGUCCAGUGGACGGUCAGGUGGUCUGGGACCCAGUCACUGCUCAGUUAGAGGCGGAGGAACAGGCUGAAAGAAAUCAAAGAGCUUCUGCUGCAUCAAAGAAAACAAAUUCCUCUGGUAUACAAGGGAAUGAUGUGAGUGAACUCAGUAUACCAGGGGUGGGGCUAGUGAGAGUGGACAAUACCCCUGUAGAGAGGUCCAGCAGUUUACGGGGGAGGAAGAUGGCACAGCAAGGUCGUUUACAAGGGAGGCCAACAGAAGAUUCAGCUGUGGAUCCACUGAGGGCUAGCUUUACACUUAAUGGGCUGUCUGUUGGUGCUAAUGGAGGUGAAGGGACGGAAAACAUGUCUACAACUACUACUUUACCAGGAGGUCGUUUGCUGGGCCGCUUACAACAUCGAAAAUCCUCCCUCAACCAGCGUCUGCAAGAAAUCGGUGGCCAGUCAGAUGAACAAAAACACACAGAGGAGGCAGAUCAUCAAUCCCAGUCCUCAGAACACUUUGCAGGUCAGAAUCUUCACAGGCAAAAUUCUCGUCGCAGACGAAAUCUCUCAGAUGAACUAUCUCACAAUGAAGACUCACAUGAGAUAGGAUCAGAAGCCGUGAUAGAGUUACCUUUGGGUCAUAAAAAUGACCGCUCUACUACACAUAAUGCUAUCAAAAACACUUUAUCAAUGUUACAAACAGAAAAUUUGGCAAAUUCAGUGUCUAAGACACCAGACUCGAGUCGAUCUUCUCGCUCCCCGAGCGUGAGAUCUUUACUUCAUAGUAGACCAUCCGAGCUUCAUUCUCCUAAUAAGGAUUUACCUCCGCUUUUCGAAUCGGACGAGACUAAUCCUAAUGCGGACAUUGACACAAUGUCCACUGUAACUAGCCAAGGGGCAAGUAGUUAUCGCAGUGGAAAACAUCGUUUUUUCCAGCGAGUUCCUAAAGAGAACACUCCAGCUGUUGUAAAUGAUUUUGAUGUCUUGUUAACGUCUCUACGUUCAUCUCCAGAUUCCAGAGCAAGCCUCAUGGGGUCACACACAAGUCUCAGCAGCAUUCGCUCAACACGGCUUGCAAAUGGAGUUAUUCUUGCUGAGGCACAGGAUGAGGGGCCUGAGGGUGGAUUGUCUCGGGGUCACUCAGGUGGCCCCAGGACCGGUCUGCCCCCCAGGGCCCCAAGGCUGACAGAACAUGAGCGACAGUUAAGGAGAGGGUCCAAUAGCCAGGAAGUUAAUCAAGCAGGGGUCCAGAACCAGCAGGAGGACCAGCUAAUGGAGCGAUUACAGCUCUUCACUGACCUUUACCUUGGCAACAGUCCAACUGCCUCUCCAGACUAUCAAGGGAGAGCACCCAGACUUGUACGUCGUCAAAUUAGUAAUCCUGCUGCAGUACGUCAGAGAAAGAGAGAAAAUGAAAUCCGUAGGAGGAGAACAAACGAGUUUGGAUUGGAGGGAACAAGCCCGUACAAUAAUUUAACUCUGCGGGACAUUAUUCAUUAAUGUUAAGUGAUAAAGUAACUGUGAUUUGGACAAUUUACUCUGAAAGUGAAA